AUGGAAAACUACAAUGUGCCCCAUUCAGAAGAUGAAUAUGAGCUAAAACAGCGGAUUUGGGAUAAGCUAAAGCUACGACGGACAGAUGUUGAUCCUGCAUUGCGGAAAAGAUUGGCAUUCAAACCGAAUGACAUGUUGUAUACUACAGAAUACAACAACUUUAUCAAGGAGCUAUAUCCUGUUAAUAAUGAGCCAUUUCUGUCCAAAUUUGCCCCGUUUGCCGUGAGGCACUGCGCCACGAAGUACAAUAACAUCAACCACGAGCGAGCUUUUAAAAGAUAUAUGGAGCUACCCAAGCCUGCCCCGCUGUUUCUACCUCCAACUGUUUUGCAGACAUUUAUCAAGAGGUAUGUAUUGUCCCAGAGACAUUUUGCAAAUAGGAAUGUUCUUGAAGGUUGUUUGCUUCGCGGGGAUACAAAUGGCCUAUUGAGCGCAAUUCGCAACGAGAACGCAAGAAGAAAGGAUUACCUUGACCGGUGCCAGUCCAUUCUAAAUGAUGUAAAGCAAGCUGGUUUUGAACUCACUCAACAGGAGCAGGUACGGAUGAUCUAUUUAUCAUAUUUCAAGGAUAGAAAUGACGUGGUGAAUGUCGCUGGAACGGACAAAGGAUUUGGCUACAAGAAGUUUACAUUUGACGACUAUCAACUGCUUUUGAGCACGUUUGGUGACCGAAGAGACCUACUAGGCGUUCUUCUUUUUCUAGCAACAAGACACGAUCAGCUUGAUGUAAUAUGUGACAUUUUACCAAAAGUAGGUUUAGGGAGUAUAAUAGGUGUGGAAGACAAGGGCCACUUGAAACUUACCGAUAUAUCGUUAAUCAAUUUGUUCAGAUAUUUCAACACUUUUAACGAGAGACCAGAGUUUAUGCAGUAUCUUGCCAACACAAUUGCAAAGUUGAACGAGAUUCCUGUAAUUACCACUGAAAUUGUUGAUAACUUGAUUAUUGUUUUGGCAGACUUGGAUUUAAUCAAACAUGCAGAAAUUCUAUUUGAAACAGCGUAUUUCCUGGCGGGCCCCAGCGAGGGGGAUGAUCCGGUCUUGACCGAGUGGCGGUAUAUAUACACCAAAUUGAAAACGGUAACGAAUGACAAGUCUGUGUUUUACAAUUUGUCACCGAGCCACCUUUCUUUCUCGUCCUUGUUCCAUGCCUAUUGUUUAAAAGGGUCGUUUGAGAAAGUCAAACAGUUGAUGUAUGUGAUGGACAAUUUAACAACUCUUAGUAUGAGUACAAAAAUGUACUUUGCAGUCUUCAAGGGGUUCCUAAAUAGAAGCGAUUGGAAAAUUGAUGAUUUGCAGUACAUUUUGAACAGCUUGUUGAAUCAGAUUGACACGAUUAAAGACAACGAUGACUUGAACAGUCUGAGGUUAUUGUCCAUCUUACCCCAGUCCGGCAACACAAUCCUUCAAGAUCAGUUUGUCGAUGAGUUCAUCACAAGUGACACUACACUCAGAUUAAGCAACUUGCUUAUGGAAUGCAUUUUCAUGGCCUGCAUAAACCUAUUGAACCAAAGUGGUGACCCGAGGAAAUCAGGAUCAAUAAAAAUCGUCAAAAGUAGGUGGGAGAAAAUGGUUGAACCUAAAAAAUCGGGCCCUUACGAGGCAGAGAGACUCUCUUACAUCAAUAAAGCGGUGUUGAUGGAUCUUGUAACUAUAAUCGCUUAA